CAAAUCCCAAAUUUUUCUGUUCAAAUCUGGGUUUUUUUGUGUGUUUUCAAGCCUAUCUUCGAUUUCUCCAAACUGUAACCCUAAUUUAUAUACAUAGAGAAGAAAGAGAUGCUGGAGUCAGGUUUACCUUCGAAGACGUUUUGGGGUGUUCGAUUCGCUCUCGUUGGAUUCAAUCCCAUCGAUGGAAACACGUUACGGUCCAAGCUUCUGAGUGGUGAUGGUGUUGAUGUUGGCCAAUACAGUCAAUCCUGCACUCACCUCAUUGUAGAUAAGCUGGUUUAUGAUGAUCCGGUUUGUGUUGCUGCUCGAAGCAGUGGGAAAGUGGUUGUCACUAGAUCAUGGGUUGAUCACAGCUUCGACAUCGGAAUGCUUAUAGAUGCGAACUCGGUUUUAUACAGGCCUCUUAAAGAUUUGAAUGGGAUUCCAGGGUCCAAAAGCUUAGUUGUGUGUUUAACUGGGUACCAACGUCAAGAUAGAGAGGACAUUAUGACAAUGGUUGAUUUGAUGGGUGGGCAGUUCUCGAAGCCGUUGGUUGCAAACCGAGUAACCCAUCUUAUAUGCUACAAGUUUGAGGGAGAAAAGUAUGAGCUAGCCAAGCGGAUGAAGAGGAUUAAACUAGUGAACCACCGGUGGUUAGAGCACUGCUUAAAGAAUUGGAAGCUCCUUCCUGAGGCUGAUUACGAGAUAAGUGGCUAUGAGUUGGAGAUGAUGGAGGCAUCAGCUCGAGAUUCUGAGGACGAAGCGGAAGAUGCCUCUGUGAAGCGUGCAAACAACAGCCCUCUUGGUCUUAGGGUCGGUGCUGCGGCUGCAGUUGGAAUGUCCAAGUCAGAAGGAAAAGAUAUCCCGGUUGUUCAAACUAAUUCAGGUGUACAGGACGGUUCAUCAUUCUGUAAUACGUCCAAAGACAAUUGGUUAACACCGAAAAAGAUGGACAGACCUCUUGAAGCUAUGGCCAAUACUGACGCCGUUGCUGCUCAGCAGAAUAAUUAUCAGAGAUCUAGUACAUUUCAGGAAGCUUUUAACUAUGCGUCCCCCGUUCUAGUCAAAAAGGCUUCUGAGCAAGAGAUGGGCAGAAUGGCGACCGAUGACUCAGCAUCUAUUAACAUGAGUAUCAGAAGGCAUUCUUCUCUAGCCACUUAUUCGAGGAAAACACUUCAGAGAUCGCCAGAAACAGGUACUUUAGGAAACGAGUCAAGUGGCCCAAACGGUACCCUUAGAAUGGAUGACAGGGGCCUAAAAGCUUCGACUGCCUUUAAUAUCUCUGCAUCGAAAUCAACUUCUUCCGUGGAAAGAACAACACUCUUUGAGGAUCUUGACAAGAUUGAUAAGUUCCAUGGCAAGGAGUCCCCUCCGUCGUUACCUCAGGCGAAAUUUACAGAUGGAUCUGUCAGUAGCAAAGGUUCACAAAAGGUACACAACAACAGCGAGGCAAGUAUUCCACCACUGGCUAGUUUGUUGCUGCAGGAAUUCAGAACAGGUUCGCCUAAAGAAAGCCUUAGGCCUGUGCCGAGCAUUAAUGAUCCAACUGAAAGUGGGGAAGUUGGCCGUAAAUCUCCUGCAAGUGUUUUAAAUACUGAACUGUUGAGAUCAAAUGUAGUACCCGUGGAAGGUGCUAUUUCAACUGCGGAGAAUAUCAUUUCGAAAUGUGCACAGGAUGAAAUACCGGAGAGAUCAUCGACUGAGCCAAUGGUGGGGAAUAAAAUAUUACAGGAACUAAGAUCAGGCUCACCUGAACAAAACCUUAGGGUUGUGCCAAACAUCAGUGACCACAUUGAAGCCAGGGAAGUUACACGUAAGUUGGAUGUGAGUGAUUCAGCAACUAGGUUAUUCAAUUCAAGUGUUGUUCCCAUGGAAGCUGAUAUUAGGACUCCAGAAAUAACUACUUUGAAGGGUAUUUUGGAUGAAGUACCUGAAAGAUCUGUAACUGAGGCUGUGAUGAGAAGAUCUAGUAACUCUCCUGGGUCGGGUUUAAUUGGAAUGAAAGACCAGCUAGAAACUGAGCUGCCCAAGAAGACAACAAUUCCAAGAAAGAGCCUUGGCACCAGAGGCAGGAAAAAGAACCCCAUUACCCAAAAGGGAUCAAUAUACUUGAGCGAACCUACUCCAAAGGACAAGCGCACUGAUUCUCUGCAGAAAGGAAACGUUUCAGCGCCAAUAACAGAUAAUGGCAAUCCGAAGGAGAUAUCAAGUCCUAUUCUAAAUACUGAGGCUGUACCAGAACUGGCAAAACAAAUUGACUCAGAGACUGAAGCCCUUAAUGGAAUGGAAUCUGAAGAUAAUAAAUCUUAUGUCCCAGAAGAGAAAGACCAUCUUGGGAGCCAAGAUAAGCUGCAGGCUAAGACCCCGGAGGAAGCUGAUGCAGAGGUGGAAAUUGCAAUGCUAGAACCGGAGCUUAAUGAUGUCCCAACUAAAGAUCCAAGUGAUGGUGCAUUACAAUUAGAGGUUGAUAAGAAUAAAAGUAAACGCACGAGGGAGGCUACUGUAGGUAAAAAUAGCCUUCAAAGUGGGAAGAAAGAAAAUUCUUCUACAGCCGAAAUAGGAAAAUCCACUGUCAAGAAGACGAAAAAAUCUAGAAAAGAACAUGAUGCCAAAGCAAACGAUACUGUGAUGAAAGAUAUAAGGGAUAACUCUGCGAACGCGAUGGAGAACUUUGCUUUGGAAAAGAAAUCUGGGAAGGUUAGUUCUGGUGGAGACCAAAGCUCAGUUGCGGGAGAAACAUUAGCAAGAAAGGAGGCAGAAACGAAGGAUCCAAGCGAUGCUGUAGUGAAGUUAGGGGUUGAUAAGACUAAAGGGAAACGCAGAAAGGAGGCCACUGUAGAAAAAACUAGGCUUCCAAGUGGGAAGAAAAGAAGUUCUCCUACAGUCGAAUUUGGAAAACCUAGUGUCAAAAAGGCUAAAAAUUCUAAGAAAGACGAUGACGCCAAAGCAAACCAUACGGUGGUAAAAGAUAUAGGAAUUAACUCUGCAGAAAUGAUGGAGAAUUUAGCAGUGGAUAAGAAGUCUGAGGAUGACAGUUCUGAUGGAGCCCAAAGCCCUGUUGCGGGGGAACCAGUAGCAAGAAGUGGAAAGAAAGGAAGUUCUUGUACAGUUGAAGUAGGAAAAUCCAGUGUCAAGAAACCUAAAAAAUCAAAAAAAGAACGUGGCGCCAAAGCAACCGACACUGUGAUGAAAGAUAUAGGGGAUAACUCUGCAGAAGAGAAGGAGAACAUUGCAGUGGAUGAUAAAUCUGGUACAGAGAAAAGCCCGGUUUCAGGAAAACCAUUAGCAAGAAAGGAAGUUGCAAAGUCAGCCAAGAGGGUUACAAAGGCGGAUAAAGAGUCUAAGCAGCUCAGUGUUAAGCCCUUGGCUCGUAGAAAAGUCUUACAGGACCAAGAACAGCAGCCCAGGUUUUUUAUUGUCAGUGGUCCUAGGUCCCAGAGAAAGGAAUACCAGCAGAUCAUCAGGGGUUUAAGAGGCAAAUGUUGCAGGGAUUCUCAUCAGUGGUCUUAUCAAGCAACACAUUUCAUUGCUUCUGAAAUCCGUAGGACCGAAAAGUUUUUCGCUGCUGCUGCAUCUGGAAGUUGGAUUUUAAAGACUGAUUAUGUGGCUGAUUCAAAAGAAGCUGGGAAACUGUUACCAGAGGAGCCUUAUGAAUGGCACAGUACUGGUCUUAGUGCAGAUGGUGCAAUAAGCCUUGAGUCCCCAAGAAAAUGGCGGCUCAUCAGGGAGCAAACAGGACAUGGUGCUCUAUACGGAAUGCGCAUUGUUGUAUACGGUGACUGCACCAUCCCUUCUUUGGAUACGUUAAAGCGAGCUGUGAAAGCUGGGGAUGGUACGAUACUAGCAACCGCACCGCCUUACAAGCGUUUCUUGAAUGAAAAUACUGAUUUCGCACUAAUAAGCCCCGGGAUGCCGCGUGAUGACUUGUGGAUCCAGGAGUUUAUACGCCACGAGAUCCCUUGUGUCCUCUCGGAUUACAUUGUGGAGUACGUUUGCAAACCUGGAUACGCACUUGACAAGCACGUUCUCUACAACACAAACUCAUGGGCAGAAAGGUCAUUGAAUAAGCUGCUUCUUAGUGCUGAAGAGAAAGUCGUGGCCUAGGAAUAAGCUGCUUCUUAGUGAUGAAGUUAGUGCUUAACGUAAUUUAGAAUUAGCAUUCCAUCUCAUUACAACAUAAACCUUGGGUUAUCCCUUUACUAAAAGUUAAUAUUGUAGGUAUGUAGUGUUGCUUAGGCUGGGAAGUAUGAAAACCUUUGGAACACAAGGAGUAUGUUUUUUUCUUUUCUUUCAUAUUUAUUUAGAGAAAAUAAUC